ACAUCUGUCUUUGCUUUUGAUCACGGGAGCGAUGGUGAUGGGUCAGUAUGAUAUCCUUCCUGUCAACUUCAAAAAGGUACCCUUGGAUCUGGAAGAAGAGGAUGUUUUCCUGCGAUCUCUAGCAUGGCAAAACCGAGAGACUGAUGAAAUAUUGCCCACAUCGCCACCGAAUAAGGAAAGCAAUGAUUAUGGGCCCGAGACACUUAUUCUGUAUUACGAGGCUGACAACGUUUUCACGGCGGAAAAUUUACGGGUCAUUCAAGCGUUUGAGGACCAGCUGACUAGUGUUGUGGACUAUACAAUGUUUUGUUCAAAAGAAAACAGCAUGGCCUGCUCCAAACCGUUUUCUAUUCUUCGUUUAUUUGAUGGGACGUUCGGACCUCUUUUCAACGACACGUCCUUCAGUGACAUACCUCAGACAUUUGAAAAUGCCAUGAAAAUUCCAGAGAUGUCACGACAGCUUAAAUUUUUCCUUGGAAAGAACUUCAUAGUAAACGUAGCUGGCGGAAUUGCUAAAUCGUCCAUCACUCGUACCGCUUUCUACUUUAUCUUUGAUACACAGCUUGAAUCUUUCUUGGUGAAUAACUAUAGGCAGAGACUUCUAGACCUCAACGAAAACGGACUUGGUUCAAUGAAGUUUCUGUAUUCUUGUGAAACUCUGUUUGUUUAUGACGUUCAACGACAAGUUAUAUUUGACAUGAUGCUUGCCGUAGGCAGUUUUGGUUUUAUUUUUCUGUUCAUGUUGUUUCAAACAAAGUCAUUAUUUGUCACAUGUUUUGCUAUCUUUAGCAUUCUAACGAGUUUCUUUGGUGCCAACAUGAUAUAUCGCAUUGCGUUCGAUUACAAAUAUUUUGGAAUCUUUCAUGUGCUAUCAAUAUUCAUAAUUCUCGGUAUAGGUGCCGAUGACGUUUUUGUAUAUUUUGAUACCUGGCGAGCAACAUCACAUGAACAUAUGGAAUCACUGGAGCAAAGACUAUCGGAAUGUUACAGAAGAGCGUCCAAAUCUAUGUUGAUCACGUCACUAACAACAAUGGUAGCCUUCAUUUCUAACGCAUUUUCUCCAGUUUUAGGGAUUUCUUCGUUUGGACUUUUCAGUGCUACUCUAGUUUUUAUCAAUUAUUUGUCUGUUAUAACUUUUUUCCCUUCCGUGGUUUUGAUACAUCACCUCUACUUCGAGAAGUGGAUUUGGCCCUGCUUCAGAUCGUGCCAUCAGCAUUUACAUACAGUGCCUUCCCAAAAUGUCACCGUGACGGAUGUAGAUGAAAAUCAGACACCAAGGAAGAAUAUUGUUGUCAGAUUCUUUUACGGACGUUAUUUCAGAUUUAUAACGCACAAAAUCAUCCGAUGGGUGAUACUGAUCUGCUUUCUCGCUCUCAUUGUGGUUUUCAUCGUGUUUGUAAAAGAUUUGAAACCAGAUGAAGAAUCGACAAAAAUAUUCAAAGAACACCAUAACUAUCAAAUGGCUAACGAUAGACGGAAAAAUGCCUUUAUACCGAGUGGAAGAGAUCAGAUCAUUCGUGUCUACAUGGUGUGGGGGCUCCGGCUUCAGGACCGAAGUAGCUGUCACAAAACCGAUGGCGAGAAGUGUACGGGAAAAACUGUGUGGGACGAAGCUUUCGACCUCAAUCCUAGCCCCGCCCAAUUCCAGUUGAAGAAAAUGUGCAAUGACCUUCAAAAUCUGCCCGACAAGAUCAACGCAGAUCUGCAUAUACGUAAUAACUCGUUGACUGGUAAACUGGAGGUGGACUGUUUUCUAGACAGUAUGGAAAACUUCCUAUCGAACGAAAGUGGUAAAGCUAUUUAUGGAGGGUCGGGAGACUUCAGCAUCCCAUUUACGGAGACUAAAAUUUCUCACUUGAUGACGUCACAUCCGGAGUUGUACAACAGUUCCGCCAUUUCUUCGAAUUUCUACCGAUAUUUUGAGACGGCUGCUGCAUUUUGGCUGCAUGAUGGCUACUCGUCCAAUGUUACCUCUGAUUACACUGAACUCCUAGGGCUUUCCAAAUGACCAGUACGAUACCUUACCUCUACUGAACAGUACAUGGGACUUCUAUGGAACAAGAUUACGGUAUGCUGCCAUCACCGCCAAUACUUCUCUUGUCCAGGGAAGGCUUGGGUACGAAGUGGGCCUCCCGAUCUAUGAUGCAUGGGAGAAAUUCUUUAAUGCAAAGAUUGCAGAGCUACCUCCGUCUCUGUCUGGGGGAUUCCAGUGUACGCCGGAGGGGAACAAUCCUUGGCAUUGGCUUAAAGUCCAAAAGACACUGGUGGAGUCGGCUCUGCGAGGAAUCGCAAUUGGGAUUUGUCUAGCCUUCGUGGUAAUUACCCUAGCCACACAAAAUAUAGUUGUAGGAUUCCUGGCUACCGUCAGUAUAGCUUGUGUCACCGUCACCAUCAUCGCCAUUAUACCUAUGGUUGGCUGGAAACUGGGGGUGCUGGAGUCCUUAAACUUAUCGCUAGUUGUGGGGUUGUCUGUCGACUACGUCGUCCAUCUUGCGGAAGGAUACCAUAUGUCCAUCCAUGCAGACCGGAAGAGCAAGGUCCGUGACAUGCUUGAAUCAGUAGCUGUGUCCAUAUCUUCUGGAGCAGCAUCAACACUUGGGGCGUCCAUAUUCAUGUUGUUUGCAGAAAUUUUAUUUUUCGUCCAGUUUGGAAUUUUCAUGUUUUGUACAAUCGGUUUCUCUCUUAUUUAUUCCCUUGGACUGUUUUCGGCUGUUCUGGCUCUUGUUGGUCCCGAAGGUAAUUUUGGGUCGCUUGUCCCAUUGUGGCAAAAACUUAUUUAUAUUGUGGAAGGACGUAAAUCUACAGACGAAACUUGUGACCAAUGUAAAGGAAAAGGUUUUUGGCCCAAAGAAACUACACAGGUUAGCGAUAAUCCUGGAAAUAAAGAUACUACAAAUGGAGAAGAAAAUGAGGCGUUUUCUAAAGAAUGAGGUGGGCGAACCAAGCUCAUGAAUGAUACAUAUAUAUGAUCUAGAGUUGAUAAACUCUACAUUUGUAUAUAAAACUGAAUUAUACCGUGCCAUGGUGCCUAAAUAUUGUCCAAUUCAUAUAGACCAUUUACGUGAAUGUGGCCAUCUACUGAUAAGUAGACAAUUAACAUUCCCUAUGAGAAGACAUUUGUAAACGUACAUGUAUACAAGUAAACGUUAUCAAAAUGACCUAACGUGGGAUAACUCUUCAUGUAUGUUUAAGUUUAAUAACCUUGAGCACAUGUGAUAUACACGGAUUGUCCGUAUGGAAGAAGGGCGUGGCGAAGAUUACAUUUCAAAUUAUAUAUUUUUGUUGCUUAUCUAAAUAUUUAAGAAGUGGCCAAUAUGCUUGUCCUUCAAAAAAAAUCAGUUUUCAGUGUUUUUAAUAAAACAGAUAGUAUUGCAUGUCGUCAUCUUUCGAUCCGUCGGAAAUGAACAUUUUGAAACACAUCAUUACGGUCUGGAUGACGUCAAUAUUACAGGCAGAAUGACAGUUCUCGGUGGACGGACCUUAAAUAAGAAUAUGAAUAGUUUAUCUUUAUAUAUAUAUAUAUAUAUGUCGGUAUAUCGUCAUUACAUGUAUAAUGUCGGUUCGUUCUACUGCCUCUGCUCUUCUAAAUUUAUCCUUUACGGUGUAAUCCUUUGCCUAAUAUACGUUACAUGAAUUACGUUUGAUGUCCGAUAUAUUAUAUACGUUACGUGAAUUACGUUUGAUGUCCGAUAUAUAAUAUACGUUACGUUAAUUACGUUUGAUCCCCGAUAUAUAAACAUACGUUACGUUAAUUACGUUUGAUGUCCGAUAUAUUAUAUACGUUACGUUAAUUACGUUUGAUCUCCGAUAUAUAACAUACGUUACGUUAAUUACGUUUGAUGUCCGAUAUAUAAUAUACGUUACGUUAAUUACGUUUGAUGUCCGAUAUAUAAUAUAAGUUACGUGAAUUACGUUUGAUGUCCGAUAUGUAACAUACAUUACGUGAAUUACGUUUGAUGUCCGAUAUAUAACAUACAUUACGUGAAUUACGUUUGAUGUCCGAUAUAUAAUAUACGUUACGUGAAUUACGUUAGCUCUCCGAUAUAUAACAUGCAUUACGUGAAUUACGUUUGCUCUCCGAUAUAUAAUGGGUGUCAUCAGUGAUCGGUUUAUCCUCAUUGAAUGCAUAUCAUUACAUCACAGUUUGUCAGGACGCAUACAUUAUCUAGUAGCCGCAUCUCAUUCCAAGUAACAGUUAUGUUUACAUAUCUAAUAUUGUUGAUAUUGCGUUAAUGUUUACGAUGGUCAUAAAUUAUCCUUACUUCCCAUGCGUAUUUAAUGAUGAUCAUGAAUUCCCCUUACCUCCUAAGCGUAUUUAUGGCGAAGAGAGAUAAUACUUCUAAAACUAAAACAUUUAACUGGAAACUCAAGAAACAGCAUAACGUUAAUGAGUCAUUCUCAAUUUCAGAAAAUGAGUCAUUCUCAAUUUCAGAAAAUGAGUCAUUCUCAAUUUCAGAAAAGUGCAUUUUUUCUGUUUCAUUCCGAUGAUUGUAAUACAAUGUUAUAUAAGUCGUCCCAAGUAACCUUACAGCUGGGACCACCUGAACGUGUGUAAGAUCCGGCAGCUGAACUUCAUCGCAUGUAAAUCGUUAUUUAUAAAUGAAUGAAUGACGUCACAGUUAUGAACAUAUGUUCCGACACGAAAAGCAGCUGUUGAAUCUACGUAGAUGACAACUGGGAUAGUUAAAAUAUCAGCUCUGAUGACGUUCAUGUGUGACGUGCAUUUAUUGCAUUUUACGACCAGAUGGUCACACAUGUCAAUACCACAUUAAAAGUAUUUAGUGGGGUCAAGGUAUUUUCUUUGAUGUAAGACAACCUUUAUAUAUUUAUAUAUAUGAACAGUCUUAGGUAGCUAUAUCAUAUCCGAUUUUGGUCCAACAAUGCUUAGCAUUUGUUGAUAUCUGCGAACAUUAAAAGUUUAUAAAUCUAUGUUAGAACCUUUAUAGAAUACUUUUUAUCCCCCACUUUAGUAAGGGGUAUAUAGUAACCACUUUUUGCGUUCGUGCGUCUGAACGUACGUGUGUGCGUGAUAACAUUAACACGACAUUUCAUAAACUACUUG